GCAAAAUAGAUGCGACACAGGACCCAUUUUAACUCACGUGUAGGCCCACUAAUGAGUUGCCAGAUUACUUGUGUCGGGUGGGUGGCGAGAGGCCUUGCCAAGGAAACCCCGGACAAAGUUGAGUUGAGCCAAGAGGAGCUUCAGCGCAUCAUUGCAGAAGCAAAGCAGGAGCUGGGGGACCUAGCAGCUGAGGAGGAAGAAGAAGAGGAGGAGGAUGAAGGGAUUUCUUGUGAGCAGACUCCCAACAGUAAUACAGAGGCCGUUGCUGCAGUUCCAAAGGAUGAGAAUGAAGAAGAAAAGGAGGAAGACGACGAGCUGGCAGAGUACGGCUUGGAUAAAUAUGAUGAAGAGGAUAUAGUGACCACUAGUCUUGGUGACAGUCUGGCCGGGCUGACAGUGUUCAGCUCUAAUGAGGAGGAUCCUUAUAUCACCCUCAAAGACACUGACCAGUACGAGCGGGAAGACUUCCAAAUCAAGCCCAGUGACAACCUCAUCCUAACAGGCCGGGCAGAGAAAGAUUGCUGCAAUCUGGAGGUCCAUGUUUAUAACUCUGAGGAGGACUCUCUGUAUGUUCAUCAUGAUAUUUUGCUGCCAGCUUACCCACUGUGUGUGGAGUGGCUAAACUUCGACCCCAGCCCCGGAGAAGGGCAAGUUAACUAUGCCGCUGUGGGCAACAUGACUCCUCAGAUAGAUGUGUGGGACCUGGAUGUGGUGGACUGUUUAGAGCCAGCUUUCUCCUUGGGGAGCAAAAAAGCAUCCAAGAAGAAAAAAAAGAGCAAGAAGAGGGCAGCAGCAGAGCCCGUUGACGGACACACGGACGCAGUGCUGGAUUUAUCCUGGAACAAACUGGUCAGAAAUGUGUUGGCCAGCGGAUCAGCGGAUGACACCGUUAUCUUGUGGGAUCUUACUCAAGGCAAACCAGCCACAACUCUGCGCAAGCAGACAGAUAAGGUUCAGACGUUAUCAUUCCACCCGUUUGAGGCACAGACUCUGAUAUCAGGAUCAUAUGACAAGACAACCGUUCUGUAUGACUGCCGCAGCCCAGACAACAGCUACCGGACCUGGAGGUUUAGUGGUCAAGUGGAGCGUCUGGUCUGGAACCACUUUUCACCAUGCAACUUCCUGGCCAGCACAGAGGAUGGAUUUGUCUACUGUCUGGACGCACGCUCGGAUAAACCCGUUUUCACACUGAGGGCUCACGAUCAGGAAGUGUCAGGUUUGGACCUUAGCAGCCAGAUUAAAGGGUGCCUGGUCACCUCGUCAGCUGACAAACAUGUUAAGAUUUGGGACAUUUUGGGCAACAAACCCAACCUGGUGCACUCACGGGAUAUGAAAAUGGGUGUGCUGUUCUGUGCUUCAUGCUGCCCCGACAUGCCCUUCGUCUAUGCCUUUGGUGGACAGAAGGAUGGCUUGCGGGUUUGGGAUAUAAGUGAUGUUGCAGCAGUGGCUGAGGUGUUUGGCGGUCGGGAGCGCCUGGUGGUGAACACAGGAUCACAGGCAUCCAGCACAGCAGCCACAGAUGAGAUGGAAGUCUCCCAGUGACUCUACGGAUGCAGCCUGUAAACAUGAAUAAACUGAGCAUCCCUGGAAACAUA